AUAUUGUUGCACUUCGCUUGGAGGGUAAUUGUAAUAUUAAUAAUAUAUACCUAGAUUUUUGAAAACCAGGUUAGCAAAAAUAUCAACUCAUUCUACUAGUUGGCAAUUUAAAACAAGAAAACUCGUUCAAAGGCUGAUUAAAAGCGUUUAUCUGACGCCGGGCAGUAAGUUAAUGGUCCCCAGAAGCAUUCCAACGAGUCCAACUUUAAAAUGACGCAAAUUUUAGAACAUUUAUUCGGUAAUCUGCCUUCGCGAAGUUCCAAACCAGUGUCAUUUCGUUCUAGAAAUUUUUAAGUUGAGUGAACUGCAGCGAAAGAGUGCCUGGUUAAGGCUUACAUAACAACUUAAAUAGCUAGCAAAACACAAACUUUUUUCGCGGUCCGAUAAACAACAGGAUUUCGCAUGGAAUAGACAAGAAACUGAAUGAAACACAGUGCACAAAUUAUCACCUUCUUAUCUGCUAAAAUCGGCCUAUGGUUCAAUGCCAUCAGAGCCCGCUGAAACUAGACUUAGGUCCAAUUUUCCUAAGUCGAGAGUUGCUUUUACAAGGUACAAUCAGCUAAGCUAAACACCGACGAAACAGUAUUAAUGGCUCACAGAAUAUUUUGGCCAAACCGCAGUUCAACCACGCGAUCACAACCUGUCAACACCAUGCCGAAAUCACACAAUCACACACUUUCGCGGCACUGAUAAGACUAUCCACAACCACGCAUCAGGGUCGGCCAGGAUUUUUGGGUAUACGGUAUACAAGGGCUUUUUAAAUUGGGUAUACGGUAUAUCACUUUCUUUGAAUUUCAGGUAUAAAGUAUACCUGGCUAUAAUUUUGGGUAUAUUUGGAUGAAUUUUGGGUAUUUGGGGGUAUUUUGGCGAAUUUUUUUCGGGUAUACUGGUAUACCACUACCCCGGCCGACCCUGACGCAUAAUCUUCUCACGUUCAACAUAAGCGAAAUAUCAUCGAAUAACUCGGUAAAACUCAGCCUAUUGCCAGAUAAACACCUCUGGACUUUUCUCUUACACUCGUCUUAUUCAAGUUCCCGGAUGUAGAGUCACACGGUCGCCGGAUCACCUUAGCCUUGUUGGCACACCAGAAAAAAACUCGGCCUGGGUCAAAGUUCACCUGCAAUUUUCCCCUCACCUAAUUCAUUUGACUCCUAAGAGCCUGUUCCCGAGGCCAAAGACUUAGUGGUCACCUUAGAAAAACGAACAAUAUCGUACCUUUCUGUCUCAGCCCGGAUCAGGGUGAUUGAUCCGUUUAGCCAAAUGAAACGAGAAUAUGAUACGAUAUUAGACGAUGCAGACUCUGCGAAUCGUAAUAACUUUUUCCCAUCUCAGAGCUUUACAUGAUGCUCUCAGGGAAACUUUUCUCAAGGUGGCCAAUAUCUAAAAGUAAACUGCUCAACGGCACCGAAGCCAGCUUUAGGCGCGCACUGAUUUCAAAUAGCUGUCACUUGUAUCCAUGAGAGAAUUGUGGGUAGGGACAAAAAAAAAAAAAGGAGAGAGGGGGGGGGGGAUUGAUAGUAAUUCUGUCCACAUCCACUUCUACACAAAUCCCUAACCACAAAACAAGCAAAACAAACGACAUAAGCAAACAACAGAGUAAACAAACUAUUAGAAAGGGGAAGUUGAGUAAAAUUUGAAAAUUUUUGCUAACCCGGUUUUCAAAACUCCGGGUAGAUAUAGUUUAAAAACUAAAAAAGGUAUUAUUUCAGCGCGCGGUUAGAAAUUUCCUCUUUUCUUUUGCAGGAGCACAGGGAGGUAGCUGUUUUUAAGUAUCACUUUUAAGUCCAGGAAUUUUUUUACUUGUACAGAGUAAAGUUUUCGAGAAAAACCAUUGAUGCGCGUCCUGCCAUAUUCUGCAAAGCUUCACUGAUCUUUAGAUUCUGAAAAAAGUGCUCUUUAGCCAGCAAAAGGCUUCUUCAAAAAUCAAACAAAAAUGUAACGUCUGUGGUAUACAGACUUAAUUAAUAAAGCUUUGUGUAACGUAGGUAAGCGUGCCAGCCUGAUGUAUUUUAAGUUGUAGUGGAGUUAAAUUUUCUUUGAUAAUGUUUAUCGCACAUUUCUUACCGGUAGAUCCACCAAAAAUUGUCAGUUCCUUGGAAAGAAACAUUUCCUUGAGGGCUGGCGACAGACUGGAAUUGAACUGCAGAGCGACUGGACUUCCUACUCCGCAGGUCACGUGGAUACGAUCUGGAAGAGGUUUUAAAAAUCAUACCCUUGUUGUAAACCAAGUGAACAAAAAAGACAGGGGACUGUACUUAUGCAAAGCUUACAGCCCGGCUGGGGAGGAUAGUAUGAAGAUUUUUGUUAGAGUUGAGGAUGGAGACAAGCCAACGCAAGCAACAGGUGGGGAGUAUCUAGUGACCAGGAUGGUAUACUUAAGUUUUACACGGAUCAUCAGACAUUAUUAUUUUUCUGCAUGUUUAUUUUAUUUGUCUGUUAUUUCUAGCGGUAUGUUUCAGCUAAGUCCUGUUAUGAAGUUAAUAUCUAGACUAACUGAAUCGUCAGUGAACUGCCAAUAUUCGUUAGCUUGAGUAAGACAAGUCAUGCUUUAAAAUUCUGGCGUUUUUUGGUUGUUUGAUUUUGUUUUUAUCGUGCUGAUAAAUGAGUUGGUAAAAACUCACAGUAAAACAGGGCCCAUCAAAGAAUUGGUAUAAUUACUUCAGUGAGGUUUACUGUAGACACUUACUUCUUUUUCUGGUUUCAGUUUCAGCUUUUGAUGCAACACUUUCACAAGAUAACAGUCAUGCAUGGAUCUCAAUUCUGUUAUUGGCGGGCUCAACAUUAUUACUGGCAUCGAUAACAUUGGCGUUGAUUUUUUAUUAUAGGCGCAGACGUUUAAGGAAAGGCUUUUCUUACUCUUCGCAGCCAGAUGCAGGAACAACUGUUUGAUAUUGGCGCGCUCAACAUUGGCCGUGAUUUUUUUAUUGUAUGCGCAGGUAGGGGCAUUUCGAUAUAAAGGAGAACCAUUUCCAUCCUUAAGCUACUUAUUAUAUAAGGUUUACUCCAAUGAACACCAAUUUCGGGUUGGAAUAUAUCUCUUAAAAACGAUCCAUGGAAGACUGAACGCAGAUGAAGCUGACCUGGAGGUGUGCGCAGUGCUACUCAUAGUUAGGUGGCAAAAACGAAACGCGGCAAUAACCACGCCACUUGUCACUAUAUCAAGUUUACGUAAGUAAUUGACCAUAAUUAUUCUCUCGUACACGAAAAUACAGUGAAAAUAAAUAAAAAUAUUUAAAAUGAAAAACACUUGAGACUAACACUCUUUCUUAUUACUUUUAAUGGCCUCAGUAAUUCACCUUUAAGAAUUAGCUUUGAAUGACCUAAAUAUACAGGCAUUGACACUUCGGCAAGAGCAAGUGAACGCUAUACGAAACGUUGCAGAAAAUCAAAAAUGACCAGAAGUCCUAAAAUCAAGGACUUCAAAUCUUGUGUCUCCCAGAGCCUCCUGGUUCUCGUGCUCAGGCCUCGCCGGCUAAAGCCUGGUUUUCACUAACGCAAAAGCAUAAGCACAAGCACAUGUGUAAGCUAGUGAAAACUGGGCAGCCAUAAGCAUAAGCACAAGAAAAACGGACAAGUUCGUUCUUGUGGUUAUGCUUAUGCUUAUGUUUAUGUCGUAGCUUUGACUAGUGAAAACUGGGUCGACAUUGACUAUUUUCCAAUUCCCCAUAAUACACUCUGUCUGCCCCCCCAAAUUUUGCAUAACUUAUUGUCUUAAAAUGCUCUUGGGAAAAUGCAAUACUCCCAGGAGCAUUUAAAGACAAUGGUUUAUGCAAAAUUUGGGGGGCAAACAGAGUGUAUUAUGGGGAAUUGGAAAAUAGAGAAUAAGCACAAGUUUCAGCACAAGGCCGUGGACCAAUCAUAGGUCACUUUGACCCGGACCUGUUGCGAACAUAUCAAAAGCAAUAUGGCGGACGCUUCGUCUGCCAUCUUGUUUAUUAUCGGGUUGAGGGGAGCUGCAAUCGAGAAUUGAGUUAAAUAUGCCAUUCUGCGCGUGCGUCUGUCCUAAUGCUUAUGCUUAUGCGCUAGUGAAAACCAGGCUUAAGGGAACAGGAGGCUCUAGAAACGAGAAUGUAAUUACUGAUGAUGAUGGUGGUGAUGAUGAUGAU